AUGGGCGUCGUAAUUAACCCCGAGCCCGCGGCCCUCUCCGCAGACGACCUGUCGCUUUUCUACACCACCGACGAGUUGCUUUCCAAUUCUCCCGUCCUGAUCUUCUACGGCCCGACCGCAACUUCCACCCAGGCCACGCACUCGCGCAUCCAAGCCCAUGUCUUUACGCCCGCCGGCCUGCAGAACUUCGCCCGCCUGAUUAUAUCCCCGACAGCUACCUUCUACAAUGCCGUAACAUGCCUGCCUCGCGAGGAACAGGGCGACGAGAUAUGCCGCGGCCUCGCCUUCAGUCUCUACAAAUACUUCCUCGAGCUGCCUACCGAGAUCAAGAGCGCAUGGAGCCGGCGUUAUGGCUCGUCGGAGAGCCUACACUCGGCGCCCAGGCUGUUCUCAGAGUCGCAUGCUGCCAUCAUCGCUGCCAAAAUGGUCAAGGUCGAGAAUGUCAUGGAUGUCAUAGUAGACGUGCGGCACGCCUUGGGUGAGCAAACGCUCUCGUGGAUAGACCUCGAUGUUGUCCUGCCGCAGGGAAGCAUCCGCAAGCUCAAUCCGAGAGAGUCGGCCCAGUUUGACGACACCGAAGAAGACCCGACCCAGCAAAAGUAUGAGGAAUUCGCACCUCUCAUUAAGCUAUUUGGAGAAUCGGCAUUCCUGCCCACUGCCAAGCUCCGCCGUGCGCCCUCAAAACCAACGGCCCUCAACCGAUCCCAGAAUUUCUCGAGAAAGCAAAAAGAGACGCUCCGGCGCGAGAUGUGCGAAUUGCUGGACACGGAAGAAAACUACGUGAACAAGCUGGACGAAUUGAUUCAUACAGUCGCUGUUGAGUUUCGUGAAAAGGCAAAAUCAAAGUCAAGUUCCAGUGGUAGCCCAACAGAGCAAGCACUCCAGGGUCUGUUUCCUCCCAGUCUGGACAAGAUAUUGGAAGUUAACUCGCAAUUCCUGGAAGCCCUGCGGGUUGUGUUGGAAGAAUCGGAGAAUGGAGCAAUUGAAGACAUUGAAACUGCCGCAGAUGACGUCUAUAUUGCUCCUUUGCGAGGACAAAAAGAUGCUCCCGACGUCACGGGAGCGGCUGCAGUCGCAAGGACCCUUCUUGAGUGGCUGCCGCAGUUCUCUGAUUGCUACACUGAUUACAUGGCGGCACAUGGCGACUUCUCGCAACUGUUAAAGCACUUUACCAAGGACUCAGCCUCCAGUUUCUCCAAACGUGUUUACGAGACAGGUGAACAGCGACUCACGUCCAUGUUGAUUGAGCCCGUACAACGCCUUCCCCGAUACAACCUCUAUAUUGAUAAUAUUCUGAAACAGUUGCCAGUUCGGCACCCAGCAAUCAAACUAUUCCUCAAGGCGAGAGAUAUGAUAUCAGACAUUUGCACAAGAGAGGGCCCGACCGCACAAAAAUUCAGAAUAUCUGGCCGUCUGCGCAAGAUGGUCUCGUCAUGGCCGUCUGGAUGUAACCCACAAGGACGACUUAUCACAGCAGUUGAUUGUGUAGAGCUAUCUCCACCGUAUCACGGCGAACUGUCUGGGCCAGCCACUGUAUCUGGAAUCAUGGUGCUCUUUACUGACUUUCUGAUACUUCUUCAAAAGUCCGAGUAUGGCUCAAUGAGCGCCCGUGGUUUGCUUGCUGAACUCGACAACCCAAAGUUUGCCGAGUCAUUUGACGGUAACACCGAGCUCACAUUCCAUCAGCAUCUGAGUCUGAGCGACGUUUUCAUCAGCGAGCAUUCAGAAGGCAACAUCCUCCAAGUCCUAUCCCCGGUGCCAUCAGCUAACCCUUCGUCGCGGUCACGGCAUCGAGAACAACCACAGAGGCUUGGAAUCCGCAUGUUUUAUCUUCAGGGCUCGUAUGAGGGUAAAGGGCAAAAAUUCACGGAGGAGUUCACUAAAGCUCGGGUUGAGGGCAGGUUUUCCGAAGCGGAGCGAGAAGGCGACAAAUGGGAAGUCCGGGCCUUACCAGGCGACCUGAGUCUAUUCUCGUCUGUCACGGAGGAAACAGGUGGCAAGCAGAUUGAGGGCCGGAAAGAUCCUGCUAAAAUACAGAUUCUCAUUGAAGGAUCCAAGUUCUCCCAACCUAUUCAAGUCGGCGACAGUGGUAUCGAGCUUACCAUCACAAUCUCGAGCCUUGGAGAUGAAUUGUAUCACCUGGAAACCAACGGAACCAAUGGAUACACGGCACGAGACAAACUAACGAGCCAGGAGUUCCUGCCUGUCCUGACGAAGCGCAUGACCAACUACUUCCAGCUGCGCAACAGUGUGAAGAAUUUUGCACUGACUGAGGCCUAUCUACGUCGAAAUCACCAGAUACUCAAGUCGCUUGCUCUUGAAAUGUACGAAAUGGAACAAGAACGAGGCAGCAAGAGUCGUCCACAUUCUCCUGUCAAGAUGUUAUCGAGCUUCUUUGGUGGAAGUGUGAGCAAUCUCAGUGGCACUAUCGGCAGGGAGGGAGGCGGUUCACGCAAACUACAGCGUAAUGCCCAUACUAUGGGCGAUAUACCACGGAUACCGCCACCUCUACAAUCUACGCCUGCCCGCGCCCAAAGCCGCGACGGUGAAUCGUCACGCCCCAACUCAUCGAGCACCAACAAGAGCGCCUCGUUCAACGGCAUGCUAACUGAUCCCAUUACGAAAUUGGAAGAGACUCUUGCAAAUCUUACGCUGGCUCUGCUCGCACGCAAAGGCAACAUUGUCGGACGCUCUGUUCGUGCAAGGACUGUUGCUGAUGAACUCGUUGUCAACGAACUCUACAACACACUUCUUGAGAAUCCCGGAAAUCUUGAUUUGGCCAGUCAAUCAUCAGUCGACGUACUGUUUGCAGUGUUUGAAAAGUUCCUGAGCAUUGGUUGGAGAGAGCGUAUGGGCCCUGUGCUAUCUCAUGCUACACUAGUCUCGUUACAGAUGCGAUCAGACACGAUGCCGCCCGACGAAUUCGAGGAGUUUUUCAGAAACAUGCUUGAACAGUUUGCACCUCCAAAUCAGCGAGCAUUCCGAGCGGUUAUUAAUCUGUUGGCCGAACUGUUGGACGGUACUAGCAACGAUGGGGACCGUGGCAUUCUCACUGCAGCGUUUGCUGAGAUGCUAGUUCCAGCUGGUAAUUCGCACGAUUUCAUAUCGUUGAUGGAUCGCCUAGUGGAAGAUAUCGAUGUACUUUUCCCAAUCCAGACGCCCGGCCUUAGCACGCCGAUCUAUGGAUCUAUGGAUUCGAAGGGUCGCUAUGCGGCCGCUGGCUCGAUGAACCCGAACACGUCUCUCAGGAGACGAUUUGGCUUUGGCACGCUGAGCCGGGAGAACAGCAAAUCUGAGAACGAUUCAAAAGUAGGAGCAAUCUGGCGUUCGCUGAGUAAAAACAGUCAUGGAGGGUCAGAGGCGCAGUCACCAAGCAUGUCAAGAAACGGAGUCGGGCCCCUUGCUCGCUCAAACUCGACAGACGCCGCAGCACGUCUGUCGCCCAAGCGCCCAUCGUCUCGCGAUCGUCCGACGGUGCUGGGCGCGUUCAACUUUGAGCCGCCGAGUACUAGCAACCGUCCUUAUAGUGGUGUUCUCGGAACUAUUGGAGAGGUACCGCCCGCUGCCGGGCCUCCCCGCAAAAAGCGGCGCUCUUCACUGAGCGACCUCAAGACAUUACAAGAUGCUGACGAUGUGCCUGAGUGGUCCCCGCAGACUCCUCGCAAAACGGAUUCGGUGCUUCGUCAUGAAAAUCGGCAGAUCAGCGAUUCGCCGCGUCCAGAACCGCGUCCAGAAUCACGUCCAGAAACGCCAUCAAGUGCGGCGUUGCUCAACAAGCAUGCGUCAUCAAUACCCACACCUGCACGACUUGGAUCUCCGAUGCGAUUGGAGAAGAAGGAGAAUGUAGCGACGAGCGGGUCGGAACGUCCAGGGCACUCUCGGUCAAAGUCGAUUACGCCGAAGCUAGAGAUCAAGGAUGAGGUUACCAUCAAAUCGCUCAGCCCUACGAAGAAGCGAAGCGAGACGAUUUCGGGGAUUCCAAGUCUCCGACCGACGGGAUCUGGGUUGCACGAGCGGACUGGAUCUGGAAAUACGGUCAAGCUUCCGCCUUCAACGCCACGGUCGCCGACCAAGAUGGGGAUUGGUUCUACGGGUACGCCAAAGAGGCUCAAGAUGCAGUCGCCACAAAAGCUGCGGGAGCGACUGCAGCAGCAAGAACAAGACAUUGACGAUGCGUCGAAUGCGCUGCAGAAUGAGCUGAGUGCCAUUGGACAGGAACUGAGCACCAAGGGUACACCGCGUCUGACGACUCAGAGCUCUGCGCCGUCAUUGUCGCUUACCAACGGAGCACGAUCAGCAGAGGCACGGAUUGCAGUUUUGGAGAAGCAACUCAAGGCAACAUUGGAACUCUUGUCGUCACGCACAUCGGGCAUAGCGAGCGAUGUAGCGACGUCUCUGCAAGUAUCUGAGGCGCGGUGCAAGCAUCUGGACCAGCUGUAUCGUGACGUGAAUGCAGAGAACGAGGCACUGUAUGCACGGUUCAACGAAGAGUUGGAGAAGGUGACGAGCAGUGCGCGAAAGGGCCGGGCUAGCGAGGAGGUGGAGCGACGACUCAAGGCCAGCGAAGAAGAGGCAGCGCGUCUGCGAAAGGAAAACGCGCGUCUGAAGAGGGAGGUGGCAGGGCUGAAGGCGCAAAUCAGGGAGUAA